UUCUCCAGGCAAGUUUCGAGAGCAAAUUUGAAUGUAUUUUGGUGUUUGUUUACAGCUCAAAUGAAAAGCAGCUCACUCGAGAACGAGUGUAACAUCGUAUGCAAAGUCAUACAUUCUAUAAGAGCAGAUAUCACUAUGAGUACCUGUUCACUGGAGCAUCCCAACGGGCAGGAGGCCGACUCUCUCCCCGCCAAGAGGCUCUGCAAGGGGGAGUGCGCGCAGGAUGGGUCGGUCGGAGGUGGAGGGGGGAAGGCAAGCACGGCCGUGGAGGUGUCUAUAGUCAUACCAGUGCAUAACGCCUCCUGCUGGCUGGAUGAGUGUCUGCAGGGGAUUGUGGACCAGGACUACACUGGCUCUAUGGAACUGUCUGUCUACGAUGACGCCAGCACUGAUGGUUCCAGAGCGAUAGUGGAGGGAUGGAGGGAGAGGCUGGAAAGGAGGGGUGUUUCCAUGGUGAUCUCUGGCCAUGACUCCGCCCAACCCAGGGGAGUGGGUCAUGCCAAGAACCAGGCUGUGUCUCAGAGCUCAGGAAAGUACCUCUGCUUUCAGGACGCUGUGAGUCACAACACAACGUGUUUAUGUUAACCUGUCUCCUGUGUGUUUGUCUGUGAGAUCAUGUGUGUGUCAGUAUGUGGGAGAGA